AUGAUAUAUUUUAUAAGAUCAAAUGGUGAUUUAAGGAAAUAUAUUUUGGAUUCAAAUAGUAUUAUCACGAAAAGUUACCCCACAAAUUCAUAUAUAGAUAAAAGAAAAACAGCUAAAAAGAAGAUCAACAUUAUUCCCAUUUGCUUAAAACUUUUAACUGUGUUAUUCCUUGGACUUUCAUGUUUUUUUUUGGAAUGUUUAUUCAAAAAGGAAAACAUACAAAUUUCUGUGCCGAAAUUCAACAAAGAUCAUUUAAGGACUCUAGCAGAGAAAGAAUCUGAGAAUAUAAAUAAACUUGAAUAUACGAAGGAUUCAAGUAGUACUAUCACGAACAGUUACCCCAUAAAUUCACAUAUAAAUAAAGGAAAAACAGAUAAAAUGAAUAGCAACACGACUCUCAUUUACUUAAAACUUUUUACUGUGUUAUUUCUUGGAUUUUCAUAUUUUUUUUUGGAACGUUUAUUAAAAAAGGAAAACAUGCAAAUUUCUGUAUCUAAAUUCAACAAAAAUCAUUUAAAAACUCUAGCAGAGAAAGAAUCUGAGAAUAUAAAUAAACUUGAAUAUGUGAAUGAACUAUAUAAAAAAUUUAAAGAAGAUUUUAAAAAGACUGCAGUUUCAUUAAUAAGGAAUGUAUUAGAAAAUUGGGAAGAUAUGUGUUAUAUUAAUGAUGUGAGACUUUCUAUAUAUGGAAGAAAAUGGGAACAAGAAAAAUUCGAGUAUUUGUUUAGUGAAAUACUUAAAGAUAUAAAAGAUAUACAUAAUAAAAUUUCCGAAGAAUAUAGGAUAUUUAAAAAAAGUUAUCAUACUGAUAAAGAAUACUUAACUUUUUUCAAAAAGAAAAAUAAGGAUUUAAACCAAUUUAAAAAAAGACAAUAUGAAUGGACUAAUAAAUAUGAAGAAAAGUGUAGAAAAGAGUGGAAAUAUCUAGAAAGAUUACGUAAUAAAAAAAAAUCAUGUAACCCAGAAAGCUCAUGUAAUCAAGAUAAUCCACGCAAUUUAAAAAGUUUACAUAAUCCUAAGACUUGUCCUUUAAAAAAAUUAUUUCAAAAAAAAUAA